AUGGAUCCUCCACCACCCGGCUCGUCCCAUGGACAGCAGCAGCAGCAACCCGCUUCACAACAACGUCCUGCUGCCCAGCCUAUUUACGAUACAAGUCAAGGCGGUCAUUAUGGUGCCAGUGCUUUGUUAUCUCAACAAGGUUUCGCGCCCGUUGCGGAUUUCUACACUGGAGCGUGGGCAAAUGUCAACCAAGGUCUGCAUGGGCAAUACAAGGACAUUCUCACAACCUAUUGGCAACAAAUCAUCAAUCAUCUCGAGGGUGAUACCCAUGACUACAAGCUUCAUCAACUUCCCCUCGCACGUAUCAAGAAAGUCAUGAAGGCCGACCCCGAUGUAAAGAUGAUUUCCGCCGAAGCCCCAAUCCUGUUCGCCAAGGGAUGUGAUAUCUUCAUCACGGAACUCACUAUGCGAGCAUGGAUCCACGCCGAGGAGAAUAAGCGUCGAACUUUGCAACGAUCGGAUAUUGCUUCUGCAUUGGCCAAGUCAGACAUGUUUGAUUUCCUGAUUGAUAUUGUUCCUCGUGAAGAAGCCGCAGCUCAUGCAAAGAGACCUUCUGGCUCGGGGCAAGCUGCAGCACAAAUUCCCGGUGCUGCUCCCGGUGCAGCACAGCUUCCUCCUCAACAGUCCAAUAUCCCUCAACAGCCUAGUCACCCCUCCCACCCACAAUCUAUGCCUCAAGAUUAUUCUCUUAGUGGCCAUGGCAUUGCUCCUGAACAGGAUCCAUAUCGCCACCAACCCAACAUGUAUCAACCACAAGUUCCUCCAGGUCAACCCGGUCAGUAUGGCGCACAGCAGCCAAUGUAUGGUGAGAUGGGUGAGAUAUAUGGAUAUCCAGCCAUGCCGCCACCCCAACAACAAAUGUACCAAGUCCCGCAUCAACCCCGACAAGAUCCAUCUGUUGGCACCGACGCAGCACAUCAUUAUGCGCGCCAGGAAGGUGGUGAAGGUGAUGCUGAUGCUGAAGGCGAGCGCGAUUAUGAGGUUGGAUAA